AUGUCUGGGGCCGCUCAACCAGCAGCAACCUCACCACUGGCCAGCAACCCGGCACUAGUAGCACCUGUGGCCCCUCCUGCUGCGGCCACCGCUGCCCCACCAGCUAACGAACAGGGUGGAAGCGGUAGAAAUCAGAACCCUCCACCUCCCGUGGCCCGCGCUCCCGCUCCUGGAGAUUCAGACCGUUCUGACAGCUCAGACUCGGAACCAGAAGGUGGUGAUAGAAGAGGCUGGCGGAGAUACCUUAAGAAGAAGCUGGAGAAGCAACAGAAGGAUCUGUUUGCUAUGAUGUCCCAGCAGUACCGUCCUCCCGCCGCCUCUCCCCCUUCCUCAGCCACCAGGGCCCGAGAACCGAAGGCACCACCACCCUCAAAGUUCCAAGGCAAAGCAGAGCAAGUGGAGACCUUCAUCCGGCAAUGCGAGAAUGUGUUCUCCAUUGAGAGCCUGUCAUUUACCUCUGAGGAGGUUAAGAUUAGAUAUGCAGGCAACUUGAUGGAAGGAGAGGCAGCGAUCAGAUGGUAUGAGGCAUACCACAAUUCAAUUGAUCAAGCCUCCGCCAACCGCCUUGCUGGAAUGCCGGUGUCUUUGGAUCUGAGAUGGAAGCGCUGGGAUCCCUUUGUGGAUGCCUUUAGAGCAGCCUUCGGUGAAGCCAUCUCUCGAGAUGAUGCUGUAGCCCAAUGGAAUACCCUUACUGUUACGGGUAUGCCAAGCAUUUACGGGAGUAAGAAAAAAGGCCAGUAG